GCCCCUAACACAAUAUACUACACUAUAAUAAAAUGGCUCUUAAGAGAAUCGCCAAAGAACUCAACGACCUUCAAAAAGACCCACCACAAAACUGCUCUGCAGGACCUGUAAAUGAUGACUUGUUCCACUGGCAAGCAACUAUAAUGGGUCCGGCUGACAGCCCAUACCAAGGAGGAGUUUUCUUCUUAAAUGUACACUUCCCAACUGACUAUCCAUUCAAACCACCAAAAGUACAAUUUGUAACUAAAAUUUACCAUCCGAACAUUAAUUCAAACGGUUCUAUUUGUUUAGAUAUUUUGACUAAAGAAUGGUCACCAGCUCUUACGAUUUCAAAGGUUUUACUUUCAAUUUCUUCUUUAUUGACUGAUGCCAACCCAGACGAUCCUUUAGUGCAAGAUAUUGCUCAACAAUAUAGAACCAAUAGGAAACAAUUCGAGCUGACCGCUGCAGAAUGGACUAGAAAGUUUGCCCAAUAAGCUGAGGAAAUAAACUGCCAUCAUGGCACUUGUACAUUGCUUUGUUAAAUAAUAAAUUUAUAACUAAGAGAGAA